UCUUUGGCCCAGCGCCUUUGUGUUUGACAAUGGCCGCUAUAACGCUGCGCCCAGUGUCGCGCUGUGCCGAGCACGCUCCCAUGUCGGAAGCCAGGAAGGCGCCGAUGCGCAGCUUCCGCUGCCCUGGCAGGGCUGUCUUAGUGGCCAGCUCAUUUGUGGUGAAGGCGGUUCUACGCACCUCUUGUAGAAGAUUUGUGGCCAGGCGGUUCCCAGAGUGGUUGCAGCCAGAACCUGUGCCUGUUGAGAGCUGGAACGAAUUCCUUGGGCAGCUGCACGAUCGACAACCUUCAGUGCUGAAAGGGUACGGUUCAGAUGUGGCGGAGAAGUGGAACUUCGAGUACUUGGAACGCCAAAUGAGUGGCUCCAAUUGGCGGGUGCAUUUGGUGCCCAAAGAGAACCAGCGCUUUCAGAGAGUAUACGGACAAGGCAUUGGUGAAGGCUUGGUUUCUUUGAUGAGCUUCCCAGAGUUCGCGAAGAAGAGUUUGGCUGCUGACAGCCAACAUUCCUACUACAUGCAAGUGCCGUAUACUGGACGUCCGUUGCAAGAGCUGGGCGAAGAUCCGUACGGUGCAGAGAUGCGACAGGAUCGCGAGUCUUUCCAAUGGCUGUGGGAUGUUGCAGCAAAGGCUGCACUAGGAGAACUCGACAACAACCAACUCUGGAUCGGACGUGGUGGCAACUUGACGCCAUGCCACUACGACAAGGCGGAGAACCUUCACAUCCAGAUCUCAGGGCGAAAGCAUUUCCUGCUGAUUCCCCCUGAAGAAACCUUUGCUGUUUACCCUUAUCCAAUACAUCAUCCUUUGGACUCUUUCUCCAUGGUGGAUUUCGAUCGGCCUGAUUUGCAGCGAUUUGACCGCUUUGCUCGGUUGCAAUGCUUCGAGGCAACUUUGGAGCCAGGGGGCCUGCUCUAUUUGCCGAAGUAUUGGUGGCACCAGGUGACCCAAAGUAUUUUCCAGCAGAACCCCCGAUGCCGUGCCCUUCUAGCACAUCGCUUUUUAGAGGACUUUACAGGUGGCCUAGUGGAGCGGCUUCGUGAGGUCUCGGCACUGCCGAGCAGCUUCAGCACGGCACGACUGCUUACUGAGUUGGCAGAUGACUGGGCAGAGGACACUCCCCCAGCAUUGCGACGCUUGGGGGACACUGUGAAGGGGAGGCUUGCUGAGCUCAUGGGUGGACUUUCGCCAGAGGAGCUGCAGGAGCUGCUAGAGGGUACCUGUGCGGGCCAAAGGCUGUUCGCUCCAGUGCCAGAGACGGAGGUGACCACUGCCAGCCAGGGCGACCUGGGUGGCUGGCUCCCGACGCAAUGAAGCAAAA